AUACCACAGAUGACCUAAGACAUGUACACAAGGAGAAACAUGUUUGACGCUUUCAAGGAUCAAAUAUGGGAAGGUAGCUAGCCAUCUGCUUUUCUCCAUGAAAUCAUAUUGAAUCAUAUUAAUCAUACUAGCAAUGGUAAUGUCGUCAUGUAUACUCUCUUCUAUCCUCUCAAUGAAGAGUUGGGACCUCUGAACCCAAACUGGUUUGAGGAACUCACUGCUAAAGCUUCCAGUGGGGAUCGGGGUGAUACAGAGAAAGAGGAUCCCAGCACUGCAAUAUCUUGUGGACAAGAUGGCAGUUUCAAAUCACCGUUGGAAAAAUGUCCCCUGGAUAGUGAUAUGUUCUCUACCCCGACGAUCUUCAGGCAGAGAAGACCACAGUCUGCUGAGACAUUGACAGAAGACAUUUUUUUCCCUGAUCAAGGUAGAGAUAAAUGUACUGUUUGCACUGUUAAAAUAGACUAUUGUAAAUUUUAUCGUUGACAUGACCUACCCUAGCCCAUGACCUACCCUAGCCCUUUAACAUCCAAGGACCUACAUGUUAUGUUCAGAGGUAAAGUGGCUCUGGCAACCAAAACAGACAAAUACUCCAUCUAAAUGUUAAUUGAUUCUCAAUUGCGAUACGGUUCUAGAAACAUAAGCGUUCUACUUUCAUAUCACAUCAAAAUAAUUGUACAAAUGCAUAAAAUACACUUACUGUGUACACUGUUUUAACACAGUUGCGGCCGACAGUAUUUCUCAGUUACAACACUUUUCUGGCGUCCUUCUUCCGUUGCACACAGGUGUUCAGAGAUGCUAGAUAGCUAAUUGGAACCGGUGGGCGCCUCUCUUCCGUAAACCUUAACAUGGAAAUAUUGCUGUGUGGGAAUCGUGUUAAAAAGGUGUGUAGUAAUUUUACAAUUCGAUUUAUGAAAAUAAUUUCUCAAUGAUAUGAAAGUAAAGUUCCAAAGGUUUCCAAAACCGUAUCACAAGUGAGGAUUAUUAACGUGUAGAGACAGCGUCGGGACUGUUGAACAAAUUCCUGCUCCGUCGCCAAUUCUUCAACUGAGAACCCCUCUUUGUUGAACGAGUGCUAGACCUACCUCUAACUAGAAGGCCUAUCUCCUUUUUCCUGAUUGUCUAUGUUAUCCCUGAUUACUUCCCUGCGGAAUGUGUGCACUGAUAUUUCCUGUUUUGCUGCGUAGGAAGCUCUGGAACAGAAAUAACAGACACAAGCCCAUGCUUAUUUGGAAAAUCAAUAGACAGGUGAGAAUGUCUGUCUGUUUGUGCUGAUACGUUGGUAUUUCACAAAUGUGCAAAUCUAAAAGUACACAUUGCUUUGCUGAUGCCUGGAUCCUGAUAUUCUGACCUACGGCUCACAAUGUGAUGUCAGAACACCUGCUCUUGUGAUGGUUGAUGACAUCAGUGGUUCUAUUUUUAGCGAGUCCCCCAGUAAAUCCUGUAGAACAAGGCUGCAUGGAGACAGUUUUGGUAAGCUGACUGGUGACUUUUCAGUAUUGAUCGAUGUUGAUAUUUAUUAUAUUGGUAUUUAUUGUUUUGAUUUUAAAUUUGCACAUUUUAUUUUCUGUCACGUUUACAGGGCUGCUUGACACACCAAAACACUCUGCGGUAGGUGCACCUGUUCUUGGGGAAAUCUUUUAAAAACCAAACUAGUGUUUUAAAAGUUCCAUUAUACAUUUUUUAAAUUAAGAUCAUUUUAUUUCAGCAGGCACACUCUUCCAAACGUAUAUCUGAAAGUCUUGGUGCACAGUUAGACCCUAAUAUGUCCUGGACCAGUUCUCUCAACACACCUGUCAUGUCGCCCACCAUCAUUUUGAGUAAGUAUGAGACUGUAUGAAUUUGGGUUUUUAUUAUAAUGGUAUUUUUACAUUGGUUGUCUAAAAUGGCAUGUCCUCACUCUUUCAGCUAAAAGUGAGGAGCAUAGGCCUAUGUACCCAGUAAGACUUUCUACUGAAGAGCAGGUUAUGGUGAGUAUUCCAUACAAUCCUAGAAAAACUAAUCGCAGGUUAAGCAUAAACAGAUUUUUAUUAUUCUAAUGACGUCUAAUGCUAUUGCCUUGCUUGAAUUUAAAAAACAGUAUUAGAUAAAUAGUACAAUAUUGCUCCAAUACAUUGGUGGCCCCUUGAUUACACUUGGAUAAUCUGCCCAUGCUCAAGGCAUUUAUGUGUAUCAGACUUGUAGAAAAGGAUUUGUCUGCUCUCUCUCAUAUAGUUUGUGCGAAAGCUUUUCCCCUCGGUCUCCAAGGAGUCUGGAAGCACAGUGCUGUCACCAGAACAGAACGAUAGACCUCUCUGUCAACAUAAUGGUGAGUAUUUGUUGAACGGUAACUACAGUAGUAAAUAUUGUAGAAGUUACUCUGCAUAAUAACACUGUAUAACAGAUACAAGUACUGAUCAUUUCUCUGGAAUACCAACAGGACUGGAUUGCCACUUGCCUGGUGUGAUUGAAAUCUCCCCUGGCUCUCAAGACACGUUACCUGUUGACAGUAGCAGCCAUUGUAUGCAGACAUUACCAGAUGCUAUUGAGGGCGGAGAAAUCCGCAGCACAAUGGCCAGUGUUCUAGAUGGAGCUGAGGAUGUCCUCUCCAUAUUCUUCAGCAACAGCAGUUUGGCUUUACGAAGGGUGAAGACCAAGGAGAGAAUCAAAAGGAAGCAAAGCAACUCAACUAAGGAACACGUACCUACUUCUACAAUGGAACAUGACAAAGUAUCCAGUGACAGAGCAGGAGAAUACCAACACACCAGGGCAACCUCUGAGCCCCUUGAGUCCAGGACUGACAUGAAGUCUGGGGAUUUGGGGAUUUCUCAGUGGACUCCAAUAAAUGUACCUGACAUUUCAGACUAUGAUAUGGAUUCAUUUCACCAUGAGGGGUCUUCCUCUACUAAACACAUAAUUCCACAAGAUGAUGUAAGUGAAACGUUCUGUGACUUCACUGGAAGCCAGCAGCCGGAUCGUGGUUCCUCUAAGCAGACUGUCCAGGUGGAGUCUGCCCUUUCCAGAAGAACAGUACCAGGGUCUGUAGUCGAAAGCUCUCUAGAACACACCUUCCCCAGGAAAACAAGGACAUUUGUUUACUGUGUCCAAAAUCCACUUCCGUCAGUGCAAGGAAAAGAUAAUGUUACUUGGAUGUUACCUGCAUCAUCUGGAACUGCUCCCAGAGGUAAGAUUGUAAUCUGGAACUGCUCCCAGAGAUUGUCAUUUAUUUAUAUUUCUCAGUUCAAUGAAAUGAUUUUGCUUCUAUUCUCUUUUAUCAUUUUAGGUGAAAAUCCAAAUGUAAAACAAACCAAUGAAGAUGAGUUUAAUAAUCUUAACAAAACUGCCUUGGAUGGGAAAAAGCCGCUAGUUCAGCAGGAAAGUGCAACUGAAGAAAAUAUUGUUUCACGAGCACCAACCAAAGACCCUGAUCUUGAUAUGUCACAGCUUUGCAGGGCAUUUGCACAAGAUUUUAGCCAAGUAGUUGACUCUAGUAAACCAUGCAGCAAAAGAACAGACUCUAUUAAAAAUGGCUUCUCUGCAUCAGCUUGUCUCUCAGCAAUGAGACUAAGGAACAGAAAAUUGUUAACUCAACUAGAAUGGGGCCAAAAACCUGAACAUCUUAACUCUGGCAUCAGUGAUGAAAUGCAUAUUCCUGGUUCUCAGUUUAGCAACUCUGCAAGCACGUCUAGAAUGGAGAGUGGCUUCCCCCCCUCCACCCUUUCUAAUGUCACACAAACAGAAUCAUCCAACGUUCACCCUAGCUCUGAAAAAAGUUCUGGAAAUCAAUCAUCUAGAGAGUUUAAAACUGGUAACAACUGGAUUAUCUCUUUGCCUCCAGAAGCAAUAAAGAAAGCAAAAGCAUCAUUAGAUGACUUAAUUGAGGAAAAUAUGACUGAUGUCGUUACUGCUGCCAGUGAAGUGAAACCGGUGUUGUCAUGUGUAACAGGGAGCCGACUGUCCACAGAAAUUAAGUUCAUCAGUCCACUCAACGUUGCCAAAAGGUCAAAGCAAACCAGCGUAAAAUUGAAUGGUCAAGUUGUUCAGACCCCUCACAGCGUCAAUGUCUCUGUUUCCUCACUCCCUGGGUCUGGUUUCAAAAUGGCCUCCAAUAAGAAGAUAACAAAUUAUUCAGCAAAUCUGGAGAAAGCCAAGGAUUUGUUCAAGGAGAUUGAGGAUGAAAUACCUGCAGUCAAUAUUCCUGAGAUAAGCCUUCCUGAGGAAGGUAACAUGUCAUGUGGAUUGGAGCUUGUUGAUGGAUCUCAUUUACAACCUCUACCCUAUACACACCAGAGGUCUGUUGAGAGCCAAGGUCUGUUGACAGACUCACAGAGAGCUGAUGUUUCAGAAUUGUGCAGUCUCUUGGAAGCUGCAGACAGCCAAUUUGAGUUCACACAGUUUAAACCAGCAAAGCGGAACUGCUAUGUUCCAGAUGGGAGCCCCCCUCGUCAAUCAUCUGAGAAAGAGUUGGAUCCUGAAUUUCUCACAGGCAUAGAUUUCAAUGACAGUUUUAACUCUGAUGUUGAGAAGCAAUCCGUGAUGAUGGCCACCCCUGACAAAAAGACAACUAUUCCUCAUUGCAAGAAAAUUUGCCAAGUAACAACCACCAAAAUUAAAUCUAGUGGGGCAUCACCCAGCAGUUCAACAGAGAAACCCAAAGAACAUGUUCUCCACAGAAGAGUACUUAACAUUCCCAGUUAUAGCUCUGAAAACAUAGCUGAGAGUUCCUUUGGUUUGUUGACAAAAACCACAAACAAGAACCAUCUGCUUGAUAUGGAAACGAACAUCAGUGGAAUGGAGUCUGAAAGCAAAAAUCUCCCCAAGUUGGAUGUGGGUUUUAAAACUGCUGGAGGAAAUGCUAUGAGAGUUUCAGAGAAGUGUCUGAGCAAAGCAAGGGCCUUGUUUGCAGAUUUGGAGGAAAAUCGUGAGAUGAACACACCCAAAUGUGUAGUAGAAAAUACGGAACAAGUUGAAACCUCACCUGUUCAAUAUAGAGGCGAAGUUGAUACAAAUGUUGAUUCAAAUGUGACACAUUUUCAUGGCCCUGAAAAUAAAGUAGACCUGAAGGAACCACGUGAUGAAUACAUUGACAAGAUUAAAGUGGACUUUACACAUUCUCACAAACAUGGGGAUGGUGGUUUCCAGACAGACGGUGGUAAAGGAGUGACCGUGUCGGCAAAGGCCCUUCAAAAAACAAAUGCAGUCUUCAAAGAUUGUGACGUUAUGGAAAGUUCAGGUUGUGCAUCAGAAAAGCCGAACAAAACAAGUGUAUCAGAGACUGGCAGUAAUAAUUGUGAGAUAAACAAUUGUGGCUUCAGCACUGCUCGGGGGAAGAGAGUUGAUGUUUCUGCAAAAUCUCUACUGAAGGCAAGGACUCUCCUUAAUGACUGUGAUGAAUUGGACAAUUCUAAGCCAGGGAAAAUCCCCAGCUUGAAUGCAAAGAUACCAAGUCAGAAUAUUCAGGAGGAAAGUGACUUUGAUUUUAAGAAACCCAGUAGUGAAGCAGCCUCCAUAUCAUCAAAGAUCCCUUUGACAGCAAAAACUCAGUCUGAUGGAGGUGGCAAUUCACAUGAUGUUCUAUGGGCAAAGAGCAAAAUGCUUGAACCUGAACAUUCUCAAACCCAUGCUAAAGAUCCUUUGAGAAAUGGAUGUGGUUUUAGCACUGCCAGUGGGAAGAGAGUGUCUGUGUCCGAAGGGGCACUGUUGAAAGCACAGGCUCUUCUGAGUGAAUGUAAUGUGGAUGGAGAGGAACUUUCUAUAUCGAAGAACAAGAUCCGAGUAGACCUUCAUACCAUUCAGAAUCCACCACAGAAGCACGGUGGAUUUAAGACUGCGAUUGUCAAAGAAGUAACCGUUUCAACUAAGGCCCUUAAGCAAGCAAAGGCUGUUUUCAACAACUGUGAUUCCAAUAUGGACAGCUUAAUCAGUGCCGAAGCAAAGCGAGGGAAUAUAGACGUAAAGUCUACUGAUGGUCUGAUGAACAAUCCAGGGAAAAGCUAUUGUGCCUUCAUGACAGCUGGUGGAAAGAAAGUGCAUGUCUCUGAAAAAGGUAUUUUGAAGGCAAAGAGCAUUCUGAAUGAAAACCUUGAUAACUGCACAGACUCAAAUGCCAUUGAGGAGGCUUGGUUUUCAGAUGGUAGAUUUCCAUUACUCACCGAAGAUGGUACAGGUGUCAAAGAAGGAGCAAGGAACAAAUCGAAUUCUUCUGACCUCAACGGUGAAGAAGAUAGCUGUGGUUUCAGCACUGCCAGUGGCAAGACUGUGCAUAUGUCCGAUGGGGCACUCCAGAAAGCAAAGUCUAAUCUGAACGAAUGUGAUGUAAUUGAAAAUCCACAACCUGAGAAUAGCCACAAAGUGGAUCUGGAAAAUAUUCUAACAAAGGAAACGCAUGAAAUCUCUCAUGGUAGCACAGCCAGCGGGAAAGGGGUGUCUAUUUCAGAAAAUGCUCUUCAAGAUGUGAAGUCUGUGUACGUUCUGGGUGAGACUGGUAAUGUAAAAGAUUCAGUUGGCAGUAAUCCAAUAGGAAGCCAUUGUGGUUUUAGCACAGCCAGUGGUAAAGGAGUGUCUGUUUCAGAGAAGGCACUUCAAGUAGCAUGUGACAAAUUCAAAGCGUGUGAUGAUACCCUUGCCAGUGAUACUGACCCUCACAAAAGAUCUGAAGAAAAAAGGCCACUGAAGGUCCCUACUCCCCAUAUUCAUGAUCACCGUAUGCCGGUCAAAGCAGUGGGACUGGAGGACCGCGAAGCUAUCCAGACCAUUGUCGGAAUGGCAUGUCAGUCUUCAUCUGCAGCAUGUCAAGCGGAGUCUUCCUUGUUCAAUUUUGAAUCCCUGGGGUUCAGUGGCUGCUCUGUGACCCAGAAGAGGUACUUUGCCCAGGAGGCCAUGGAUUGUACCAAGGCUCUUUUAGAGGACGAAGACUUGACCGAUCAGAGUCCUGGAACUCCAAUCCAAGCUAAGGGGGGUUUUGAGAUGAGAAGUGGAAUCGGGAAAAGGUUGGCAGAGGAUUUAGGGAUGACAGGUAAAAGAACAGAAAUAUGAUCAGAUAUUGUGAUUGGGAGGAGCCUAGAGGAGUAAUGUUAGACAUAAUAACUGUUUUUUCUUGCAUAUGAAAGUUACAGGGUUGUGUGUUUACCAAUAUAAGAAUAUAAUUCUGAAGAAAUUGAUUUACAACAUUGUCCUUAAUGUGAUAUUAUAUUCAAUAGACCAACCUCCUCUGAAAAGAAGACUCUUGGCCGAAUUCGACAGAACUGUGGAUUGUAAUAGACGUUCAACACUCACUCCAGCUAAAAGCAGUGCAGAUGGUAAGACAGUUGACCUUUUCUACAAGUAACAAAAUUCCCAGUACAAUGAAAAUGAACAUUGACAAGAUGGUUCAUCAAUGCAUGUUUGAUUGUUUCAGGUAUAUUUAAAGACAGGAGAGUCUUCCAAUAUAAUGUGGCUCUUCAACCUAAUGUCACCAGGCCGUAUCGGUAGGUAAUCAAUUUAAUACUAGAGGAUAUAUAGUUGUUUUGACAUAGUUCAAACAACAUAUGUAUCUUGAAAUUAUUUAUCAAAUAAAAUGCAUUCAUUCAUUCACCUAGCAUGAAAUCUGUGUGUCAUAGAUUCUCAUCUCCUAUGUUUGUCUUUCCAGCGCUAAGCAGAGUUGUGUGAACACAAGGCUGAAUAAGACCGAGCCACAGAAGACAACAUCAGAUCCAACCGCCGAAGACCGUAAACCAGUUGGCUCCAAGACAGCUGUAUUCGUCCCCCCAUUCCGGAAGAAUGUCAAGCUUGAGCCACAGAAGAGCAGUGGGCCUCAGGACAAGACUAGAGCGCCUGGUGUGUUCGUUCCCCCGUUUAGAAAAUACAACUGUGUAACCAGGAAGGGUUCCUUUAAGCCUUCAGAAGAGAAUCAUUCUCUUCUUCUCUUCAAGACCAGCACAUCUGUUCCACUUCCUGAGUACAACCACAUCCCCAUCACUGACACUGGUAGUGAUAACGCAAAGGAGUCCAUUCAGGAACUGGGCCCAAAAGAUAUUGACAAAACAGACCCAGGCGACGAUAGUGGACAUAGCCUUCCUGUCACCACAGGAGGAGGGGAUGCCACUGCAGAGGAGUAUACCGCAGGUCAGCUAGGCCCUAACAGCAUGGGCACCCUUCUAGCUGUUGUUUAUGGUACAAAUAUCAUCAUUUGUAUGACCUUUUAACCAAUGCAUCUUUGGGAUAUUGUAGACAAUAUUAAGUUUCAACAUGGUGUGACAAUACGUGAUUUUUUAAAAAUGCUAAUCAAUUCAAUGGCUUGGGACUAAAUGUGUGUACUGAAUCAGAAAGCAAUUAACAAGAAAGCAUUUUAAUCGGGACUGAUGAAUUGUAACCGAUGUUCAUUUAUCAGGAGUCGACUUAAUGUGAAAAAAUAAUGUGUGUGUGCAGAUACAGAGUGCCUGCAGCUGGCCCGAGACAUGCAGGACAUGAGGAUCAGGAAGAAGAAGCGGCAGACCAUUAGACCUCUCCCUGGCAGCCUGUACCUCGCCAAGACAUCUGGGGUGGCCAGGCUGACCCUCAGGGAGGCCGUUGGAGGUUGGCACCCUGUACAACACACACACAAUCAGGUACUGUAACUAACACACACAAACAUAUACUGAAACACACAGGUACUGUAACCUACACAUACAAACAUAUACUGAAACACACAGACAAACUGGUAGUGGAACACAGACUGACAAACAGGUCCUAGAACACACACACACAAACAGGUGUUGUUACACACACACACACAGACAGAUACUGUAACACAGACAGACAAACAGGUACUGGAUUGGUAGAGGUGGAACAGGGCUUUUGAAGUCUGAUUUAGAAUAUGAACAGUGGUGGGGGGCUGGGGGCUUUCCUGUUGAACUUGUUAAGUGUGAUGUUUUUUGGGGGGUAAUGACUGAUGUCCAAUCCUCGUUGUGGAUAUCACUCAGCUGUAUAAUAUAAUAAUAUAAUAAUAUGACGUAGCUGUAUGGCUACGGAGUGCACCGGCAUGUUUCGGAGAUCAGCAGUGAGAGUGCCGAGGCGUUCCGCUUUGUCUGCCGACACUUCUUCAGACCCGAGGCGUUUGUAGAGGGGCGCGUUCAGCUGGCCGACGGGGGCUGGCUCAUACCUCACAACGAUGGAACUGCAGGGAAACAGGAGUUCCACAGGUAAGGUUUUAUUGAUUGUUUGGGACACAAAGCAUUCAUUCCAACUGAUGUUAUUUUUCAACUUUGCCAUUUAUUCCCUUGAACACAUGUUGUUAUUAUUAAUUUGGAUGAAUGUAUGUAUAUCACAGGUACAGUUGAAGUUGGAAGUUUACAUACGCCUUAGCCAAAUACAAUUCCUGACAUUUAAUCCUAGUAAAGAUUCCCUGUCUUAGGUCAGUUAGGAUCACCACUUUAUUUUAAGAAUGUGAAAUGUCAGAAUAAUAGUAGAGAAUGAUUUCUUUCAGCUUUUAUUUCUUUCAUCACAUUCCCAGUGGGUCAGAAGUUUACAUACACUCAAUUAGUAUUUGGUAACAUUGCCUUUAAAUUGUUUAACGUGGGUCAAACGUUUCAGGUAGCCUUCCACAAGCUUCCCACAAUAAUUUGGGUGAAUUUUGGCCCAUUCCUCCUAACAGAGCUGGUGUAACUGAGUCAGGUUUGUAGGCCUCCUUGCUCGCACACUCUUUUUCAGUUCUGCCCACACAUUUUAUAUAGGAUUGAGGUCAGGGCUUUGUGAUGGCCACUCCAAUACCUUGAAUUUGUUGUCCUUAAGCCAUUUUGCCACAACUUUAGAAGUAUGCUUGGGGUCAUUGUCCAUUUGGAAGACCCAUUUGCGACCAAGCUUUAACUUCCUGACUGAUGUCUUGAGAUGUUGCUUCGAUAUAUCCACAUAAUUUUCCUUCCUCAUGAUGCCAUCUAUUUUGUGAAGUGCACCAGUCCCUCCUGCAGCAAAGCACCCCCACAGCAUGAUGCUGCUACCCCCGUGCUUCACGGUUGGGAUGGUGUUCUUCGGCUUACAAGCAUUCCCCCUUUUUCCUCCAAACAUUACGAUGGUCAUUGUGGCCAAACAGUUAUAUUUUUGUUUCAUCAGACCAGAGGACAUUUCUCCAAAAAGUACGAUCUUUGUCCCCAUGUGCAGUUGCAAUCUGUAGUUUGUCUUUUUUAUGGCGGUUUUGGAGCAGUGGCUUCUUCCUUGUUGAGCGGCCUUUCAGGUUUAAUUAAACCGCCUCUUCUCCAGAGCGUUGUGUGACAGCCCUGGUGUUGACCCCAAGCUGAUCACUGAGGACUGGGUGUUCAACCACUACCGCUGGGUGGUGUGGAAACGGGCCUGCAUGGAGAGGGCAUUCCCAGAAGUGAUGGGCAGCCUCUGUCUCACACCGGAACAGGUGCUCCUACAACUGAAAUACAGGUACGGCAGCAACCAGCAAGUUAUCUCUGGUCCAGGGCGUUGGUGCGCUUUCCUUCAAUACAGGGCGAUAGUCCAGGCUCUGUCGUAGCCGGCCGCGACCGGGAGACCCAUGGGGCGGCGCACAAUUGGCCCAGCGUCGUCCAGGGUAGGGGAGGGAAUGGCCGGCAGGGGAUGUAGCUCAGUUGGUAGAGCAUGGCGUUUGCAACGCCAGGGUUGUGGGUUCGAUAAAAUAAUGUAUGUGCUAACUGUAAUUCGCUCUGGAUAAGAGCGUCUGCUAAAUGACGUAAAUGUAAAAUGUAAAUGUAGUAGAGGAACGCGCACUAAUGCCCUGGACCAGAGCUACCAGCAAGUAACCUCUUACUGCCUAAGAACAUUAAAAUGAUGUUGGAUAAAGGUUGUGUAUGUGUUUUGUGUUAUAUACAUGCCUAUUCAGCCUUUUUCGUGACCAGGAUAUUUCAAUUUUUUUAUAUGGCGAUAUUUCAAUGUUUUUAUAUGGCGAACACAUAACGUACAGUGCAGUGAGGUUAAAGAGAGACUUGCAUACAUAAACUGCAGACAAAACAAAUUAUUGUGGGUACUAAAUGUAACACACGUAUUUGGGUGUUUGCCACAUAUGUGGCACUGGACCACAGCAACAAGUAGCAAGGUUAUUGAAGAACGUGUGUGUGUGUGUGUCAGGUACGACUUGGAGGUGGACCACAGCAGGAGGUCAGCUCUGAGGAAGAUCAUGGAGAGAGACGACUCUGCAGUCAAGACCAUGGUGCUCUGUGUGUGUGGUGUUGUCACCAAAGGCCAUAACCCAACAAGGUGAAUCAGAGUAGAAAAAUAAAAUACUUUGUUCAACAUGUUCAGUUUGCCAAAAUAAGUCGAUUUCCUUAUUCAAGAUUGACUUCAUAUAGAUCUGUUGAAAUUGUUCUGUUAUUUAUUGGUUAUAACCUCAGUUCUAUUAAGGUCGAGAAGGAAAUGCAACACACAGCUAUGGAGCAUGCUUCCCCAUAAGUGUGUUGUAUUUUAGUAAGCCGACUGAAAGAGAACCCUUUGUGCAUCACACAGGCAGACCUGGAGUGAGACCAAGACCAAAACACCCGGGAGCGCCACAGGGUCUAAAGCGGAGCCGUCCCCUGUAGGUUUGAUCUGGCUGACGGACGGCUGGUACGCAAUCAAGGCCCAGCUGGACGUCCCACUGACCACCAUGCUCCACCGGGGCCGCCUGGCGAUUGGGGGGAAGGUGCUGGUCCACGGGGCCAAGCUGGUGGGAUCUCAGGACGCCUGCUCCCCACUAGAGGCUCCCGACUCCCUCAUGCUGAAGGUAAGAACUGGGUCGUGUUCAUUAGGCACCAACUGGAAGAAAGGGGACUGAAACUGGGAGGAACUACUUGCACUUGUCUAAUAAGAAACGCUGUUUUCCAUUGCGUGCCCUAAUUAACUCAAAUGUAAAUGUAUGACGACAAUAUAGCCAAAUGGGCUUAGAAGACACUCAAUAUUCAGGUUGAUAUAUUUCAACUACAUAUUACUGCAUGUAAAUGCACUGUAAAUUCGUAUAGAAUUCAGUCUGACUGCUUCCAGUAGGGCUGGUAUGGUAAUUGUCUAAUCGUGUAACCGACGAUUAUGGAUGAAGACGUCAUGAAAAUAAAAUAACCAUCAUAACGUUUUUCUUCAACAAAAAAUAAAUAAUGUUUUUAUCAACUUCAUAUUCAAGUCGACAAACUUUACCCAAAAGCGGCAAAGUUAAAAGUAAGCCUGGUUUACAUCUAACAGACGAUUUUAUAAGGCGAGACGAGAUGAGGCAAAACUAUCCAGUUUUAGAAUUAGGUGUUGGUGAAGAAACAGCUGACUGAAGACAGGACGGCCAGGCAUUCAAAAAGAUGACACGUGCGGUUGUCUGUUUCCACGGUAACAUGGUUUCUUUACAACGUGAUGAAUCUUUGUUGCUCCUUGUUUUAGCAAGGUGUUGUAGCAAACAAGUCUUUGGUUGCCUAGGCAACACCCCCUCCCUGCAGCAGGACAUGCAGUCAGGAGCGGAGGAGAGUAGAAAAUGUGUGUAAACCAGGCUUACUUUGUUGAUAAAAAAAUAAAUAAUAAUAAUUGCUAUUUGAACGAUUUUAUUACGGUGACCACGGUCAUUUAGCUGACAAAUAAGUCAUCCAAAAUUCCAGAACUGUCACAGCCCUAGCUACCAGUAACAGCUAGUACUACUAUUAUGACUGUAAGUCGCUUUGGAUAAAAGCGUCUGCUAAAUGGCAUAUUAUAUUAUAUAUUAUGCUACGGAUUUUCCAGGGUCAUUUUCAGUAGGGCACACUAGAGCCCUGCACAUGCAUGAUUUUUAAGCCCGAGCCCUACCCAUGGCAGCAACGUUCAGGCCCGACCCAGGCCCAAUUGCUUCUGCCACAUUUAAGGCCUUGCCCCGAAAUCAGAAAUAACUUCCUCCAUUAGUAAAUCCAUUAGCAGCUGCUCGUCUGUCACUCGCUCCCUCCACGCAGCUCGCUCUGCAUGCUCUCUGCUCAUGGAGGCUUGGAGUCUGAGUAUCCAUAGCAACGGCACCACUGGGGCUGCUCUGCUCAAUGACAAGACAUGAGAGCAGUUAGCUGUUAGCUACCUUUCCUCACUCUAAAAUCUGACAACUCAAGGAGCGUUAUUAUUUUCUGUGAAAUAAUCUCUCCUGUCUUAUAAUGUAUUUGAGGAGGUUGAAGCCUUUCUGACACCAUGUUAUGAUCUUAGUCAGAUAUGACUGUACUGUGCAGCAGAGCAUGAGCAAAUGGCUCCGCUGCAAAAUGUUAGUGAUCAAUUUAGUGAUACCCGAGCCCUGCCUAGUUAUUAAUGCAAAAACAGGCCCUACCUGGCCUUAACCCGAUGUAUAAUGUCGGGCUCGGUUUGAGUAGCAGAGCUCUAGAGCAUACUGUAGCAAAACAUUUUGCCACUGCAAUCGGCGUAUGCACUCUAGAGACCCCAAUGGUCUAGCAACAAGUUGGGUUGUAGGUUGCAGCCACCCUCCGCAGCCUGUAUUUUCCUUGAACAGUGUUUCAUUUGGGAUUGGGCGUAAACUAAAGCAAAAAAAUUUUUGUAUUUUUGUUUUGUUUGAGCAGCGAUUUUGUAAGCAAUUGGCUGCAGCUACCUACCUCCGGGGACAAAAGCAGUUGAUAGGCUACAGGAGGCAGCUACAGUGAGGGGGAAAAGGUAUUUGAUCCCCUGCUGAUUUUGUAUGUUUGCCCACUGACAAAGAAAUGAUCAGUCUAUAAUUUUAAUGGUAGAUUUAUUUGAACAGUGAGAGACAGAAAAACAACAAAAAAAUCCAGAAAAACGCAUGUCAUAAAUGUUAUAAAUUGAUUUGCAUUUUAAUGAGGGAAAUAAGUAUUUGACCCCCUCUCAAUCGGAAAGAUUUCUGGCUCCCAGGUGUCUUUUAUACAGGUAACGAGCUGAGAUUAGGAGCACACUCUUAAAGGGAGUGCUCCUAAUCUCAGCUUGUUACCGGUAUAAAAGACACCUGUCCACAGAAGCAAUCAAUCAAUCAGAUUCCAAACUCUCCACCAUGGCCAAGACCAAAGAGCUCUCCAAGGAUGUCAGGGAUAAGAUUGUAGACCUACACAAGGCUGGAAUGGGCUACAAGACCAUCGCCAAGCAGCUUGGUGAGAAGGUGACAACAGUUGAUUAUUUGCAAAUGGAAGAAACACAAAAUAACUGUCAAUCUCCCUCGGACUGGGGCUCCAUGCAAGAUAUCACCUCGUGGAGUUGCAAUGAUCAAGAGAACGGUGAGGAAUCAGCCCAGAACUACACGGGAGGAUCUUGUCAAUGAUCUCAAGGCAGCUGGGACCAUAGUCACCAAGAAAACAAUUGGUAACACACUACGCCGUGAAGGACUGAAAUCCUGCAGCGCCCGCAAGGUCCCCCUGCUCAAGAAAGCACAUAUACAGGGCCUUCUGAAGUUUGCCAAUGAACAUCUGAAUGAUUCAGAGGAGAACUGGGUUGAAAGUGUUGUGGUCAGAUGAGACCAAACUCGAGCUCUUUGGCAUCAACUCAACUCGCCGUGUUUGGAGGAGGAGGAAUGCUGCCUAUGACCCCAAGAACACCAUCCCCACCGUCAAACAUGGAGGUGGAAACAUUAUGCUUUGGGGGUGUUUUUCUGCUAAGGGGACAGGACAACUUCACCGCAUCAAAGGGACGAUGGACGGGGCCAUGUACCGUCAAAUCUUGGGUGAGAACCUCCUUCCCUCAGCCAGGGCAUUGAAAAUGGGUCGUGGAUGGGUAUUCCAGCAUGACAAUGACCCAAAACACACGGCAAAGGCAACAAAGGAGUGGCUCAAGAAGAAGCACAUUAAGGUCCUGGAGUGGCCUAGCCAGUCUCCAGACCUUAAUCCCAUAGAAAAUCUGUGGAGGGAGCUGAAGGUUCGAGUUGCCAAACGUCAGCCUCGAAACCUUAAUGACUUGGAGAAGAUCUGCAAAGAGGAGUGGGACAAGAUCCCUCCUGAGAUGUGUGCAAACCUGGUGGCCAACUACAAGAAACGUCUGACCUCUGUGAUUGCCACCAAGGGUUUUGCCACCAAGUACUAAGUCUUGUUUUGCAGAGGGGUCGAAUACUUAUUUCCCUCAUUAAAAUGGAAAUCAAUUUAUAACAUUUUUGAAAUGCGUUUUUCUGGAUUUUUUUGUUGUUAUUCCGUCUCUCACUGUUCAAAUAAACCUACCAUUAAAAUUAUAGACGGAUCAUGUCUUUGUCAGUGGGCAAACGUACAAAAUCAGCAGGGGAUCAAAUACUUUUUCCCCUCACUGUAUAAGAUAAUGAAUUUAACUGUUUGGAAGUGUUUCUUAUUGGAUAAGUUCCGAUGGUACCUCCCCAUUUCACUCUGUUUUGGACCUAUUUCUUCUGUUUCGUGCCUAAUGAACACGACCCUGAUGUAUCUGGUUUCAGAUUGGGGCCAACGGCACCAGAGCAGCGCGUUGGGACACUAGGCUAGGGUUCUACCGCGACCCUAGACCGUUCCUCCUCCCGCUCUCCUCCCUCUACAGCAACGGAGGCCCCGUGGGCUGUGUGGACAUUGUGGUGCUGAGGAGCUACCCUACCCAGGUGCGUUUCACGGUACACGUUAGCUCUGGUCCAGUGUGUGCGUUUACCAUUUAGUGGAGGAACAUGCACUUACGACCUGAACCGGAGCUAGGUACACAUCAUCCACUUAAUGAAUCCCCUAAGCAGGCAUUGCUAGGACCAGGAGUUUUCCCCAGACCACGUAACCUGAACAGGAAAAACUCUGGACCCCUAGCUGUGAGUGGUGUAUUUUGAGAGGGCGCGUUUUAUAUGUAUAACUUAGGCCCAUGUAACACUCCUGGCCCUUGAUGAGAGGUUUAUUCAGAGAGGUUGUGUGUCCCUCCAGUGGAUGGCAAAGAAGCCGGACGGAGGGUUUGUGUUCCGCUCGGGCCGUGCCGAGGAGAGGGAGGCGCAGCGGCAUGGCGACACCAAACACCGAGCCAUGGAGAUCCUGUUCGCCAAGAUCCAGGCCCAGUUUGAGAAGGAGGAGGACGGUAGGAAAUCCUAGUCCAUAAGGAAUAGGGUGCCCCUGUCACUGUCUAUUAGGGUUUGUUGAGGUUAGAUAAGGUCUGUCAAUCAUAUUACCAGUUUAAUUUACUGCAACCUUUUGGUUUGAUUUAGCCUAUAGACUUGUUCAGGUUCCUAUAUUUCAACUACAAAUUAUUUUAAUGUUCCUGCAUGUAUUAUGUAUUGCAAAUUCUUAUAGAAUUUUGUCUGACUGUGCUAUCAAUAACAGCUACUACUUCCUACUAUUACUACUAAUCUUCCAGAGUCAUUUUCAGUAGGGCACACUAUAGCAAAACAUUUAGCCAUGUAAAUCUGUGUAAGUUCAGGUCACGCCUCCCGUUUUACUCAGUUUCAAAACCUUUUCCGCCUACUGAAUAUGACCCAGCAGUUUGUGGUAAAACCAGAGGCCGAAGGCGGACCCUGCGUGGUGGAGACAUUGAGACACUGCUGGACGGGGAGGAGCUGUACGACGCGGUGGAGAAUGACCCAGUUUAUCUGGAGGUGACCAUAAUCACCCUGUCCAAAUCAGUUUGAUCAACAUUGGUUUAAGUAAAGCAUCAGCCUAAUGGGCCCUGGUUAAAAGUAGUGCACUAAAUAUAGAAUAGGGUGCCAUUUGGGACAUAUCAGCUGCUAGGAAGGAGUUUUAGUUAUGGUUAAGGAUACAUGACUGAUUUGAUAUUAUGCUUUAUUUAAAUCCCACCAAUGUUGAUCAAACUGAUUUUGGUUUGAUGGAUGUCCAAAACAAGUGUAAAAAAACAGACAACCAGCCAUGAUUCUAGAGUGCAUGAACAAGAUGUCUGAUGUUGACAAAACUUGUGUCAAUAUAUCCUCAUAACAGUUGAGCAAAACAAUAAUUUCAUUAAUUUAUUUAUACAGUUAAAAACAUAAAUUGGGAACUUGAGCCCUUCUUUGUAGACCUACUCUCUUUCAUAUUGUUUUGUGCUAGGGCCGUCUGAGUGAGCAGCAAUGGGAGGCGUUGAACAACUACAGGCGUUGUGUUGGUGAGAGGAGGCAGGCCGCGCUGCAGGAGCGGUUCCGCCAGGCUCUGGAGGGCGCCCAGGAGGGCGAGGGCGGGAGCUGUCCCAACCGAGACGUGACCCCCAUCUGGAAGCUCUGCGUCGCUGACUCCAGGGCCAAGCUGGGCAGCAAUGGUAUGUAUGGAUCUUUGUAUAUCAAUCAGGGAUGUAGUGGAACCUUUUUUUCAAACUUUGUUCAGACAAAGGAGAAAGUACAAGGGAGACAGAUAUGGGACAAGAGGGAAAGUUAGGUUGACACAGGGAUUGAACCCUCCGAAGGGGUAGUAGACCGUCCUUGUUUAGUUCUUGGUUCCUCACCCAACACCCUCCUCCUUCCCCCAGUGUACCUGUUGAAUAUCUGGCGCCCCUCCAUGGAUCUGCAGUCCUUGCUGAAGGAGGGCUGUCGAUACAAGGCCUACCAACUCUCCACGUCGGAGGGCAAGAAACGAGCCGGUAACACCUCCAUUCAGCUCACAGCCACCAAGAAAACCCAGUUCCAGAAUUUACAGGUAACACUGAACUUAUACGACACAGAAGUGUGCGAAUACGAAUGUAAAUUCUAAAAUGAUCUUUCCCAAUCUCAAAUCAACCCUAAACUAUACCCUAGGCACUUGUGUAUACACUCACCGGCCAUUUUAGAAGGUACACCCAUCAAGUAUCGGGUCGGACCCACCCUUUGCCUCCAGAACAGCCUGAAUUCUUUGUGGCAUGGAUUCUACAAUGUGUUGGAAACAUUCGUUGCUCAAUUGGUAUCAAGGGACCUAACGUGUGCCAGGAAAACAUUCCCCACACCAGUACACCACCGCCUGCACCAGACAGGAUGGGUCCAAAUCCGUACUCUGCCGUUAGUAUGAUGGAACAGGAACCGCGAUUCGUCAGACCAGGCGAUGUUUUUCCACACCUCAAUUGUCCAGUGUUGGUGAUCGCGUGCUCGCUGGAGCCGCUUCUUGUUUUUAGCUGAUAGGAGUGGAACCCGGUGUGGUCUUCUGCUGCAGUAGUCCAUCCGUGACAAGGACUGACGAGUUGCGUCUUCCGAGAUGCCGUUCUGCACACCACUGUUGUCUGUCUGUUUGGGGCCCGCCUGUUAACUUGCACGAGUCUUGCCAUUCUCCUUCGACCUCUCAUCAACAAGCUGUUUUUGCCCACAGGACUGCCACUGACUGAAUGUUUUUUUUUGUUUGUUGCACCAUUCUCAGGAAAUCCUAGACACGGUCGUGCGUGAAAAGCCCAGGAGGGCGGCCAUUUCUAACGAUCAAUCGAACAGUAACUGAAUCCUCGAUGCCUGUCUGCCUGCUUUAUAUAGCAAGCCAAGGCCACGUGACUCACUGUCGUGAACGGGGUGGUGUAUGUAAUAAACUGGCCAGUGAGUGUAAUAAACUGGCCAGGAAGUAUUCACACCCCUUGACUUUUUCCACAUUUUGUUGUUCCAAAGUGGGAGUAAGUCUCUAAGCUUUCCAUUUUUUUACAUUUUACAUUUUAGUCAUUUAGCAGACGCCAUUAUCCAGAGCGACUUACAGUUAGUGAGUGCAUACAUUAUUUUUUCAUACUGGCCCCCCGUGGGAAUCUAACCCACAACCCUGGCGUUGCAAACGCCAUGCUCUACCAACUGAGCUACAUCCCUGCCGGCCAUUCCCUCCCCUACCCUGGACGACGCUGGGCCAAUUGUGCGCCGCCCCAUGGGUCUCCCGGUCGCGGCCGGCUACGACAGAGCCUAGAUUCGAACCAGGAUCUCUAGUAGACCACUGCGCCACUCGGGAGAUCCUGGUUCGAAUCCAGGCUCUGGACAACCAUUUUCAGAUCUUGCCAUAGAUUUAAGUCAAACACAUUGUAGAAGUCUAGCAGAUUUUAAGUCAAAGCUGUAACUCGGCCACUCAGGAACAUUCACGGUCUUCUUGGUAAGCAACUCCAGUGUAGAUUUGGCCUUGUGUUUUAGGUUAUUGUCCUGCUGAAAGGUGAAUUCAUCUCCCAGUGUCUGGUGGAAAGCAGACUGAACCAGAUUUUCCUCUAGGAUUUUGCCUGUGCUUAGCUCCAUUCCGUUCCUUUUUUAUCCUGACAAACUCCCCAGUCCUUAAUGAUUACAAGCAUAUAUAUAACAUGAUGCAGCCACCACUAUGCUUGAAAAUAUGGAGAGUGGUACUGACUGUGUUGUAUUAGAUUUGGCCGAAACACAACACUUUCAAUUUCAGGACAAAAUGUUAAUAUCUUUGCCACAUUUUUUGCAGUAUUACUUCAGUGCCUUGUUGCAAACAGGAUGCAUGUUUUGGAAUAUUUUUAUUCUUUACAGGCUUCCUUUUCACUCUGUCAAUUAGGUUAGUAUUGUGGAGUAACUACAAUGUUAAUCCAUCCUAGUUAUUCCCCUAUCACAGCCAUUAAACUCUGUUUUAAACUCACCAUUGGCCUCAUGGUGAAAUCCCUGAGCGGUUUCUUCCGGCAACGGAGUUAGGAAGGACACCUAUCUUUUUAGUGACUGGGUGUAUUGAUGCACCAUCCAAAUUGUAGUUAAUAAUUUUACCAUGCGCAAAGGGAUAUUCAAUGUCUUUAAAAAUAUAAAUAUAUAUAUAUAUAUAUAUAUAUAUAUAAAUUAUUAUUUUUACCAAUCUACCAAUAGGUGCCCUUUUGAGGCAUUGGAAAACCUCCCUGGUCUUUGUGGUUGAAUAUGUGUUUGAAAUUCACUAUAUGUGUGGGGGGUACAGAGAUGAGGUAGUCAUUCAAAAAUCAUGUUAAACGUGCAACUUAUUAUGUGACUUGUUAAACAAAUGUUUACUCCUGAACUCAUAUAGGCUUGCCAUAACAAAGGGGUUGAAUACUUAUUGACUCAACGCAUUUGAGCUUUUCAUUUGUAAAUAUAAAAAAUAAAAAAAACAUAAUUCUACUUUGAAAUGAUGGGGUAUUGUGUGUAGGCCAGUGACAAAUCUCAAUUUAAUCCAUUUUGAAUUCAGCCUGUAACACAACAAAAUGUGGAAAAAGUUCAAGGGGUGUGAAUACUUUAAGGUCCUCAAAAGUGCCUAGGGGCAAGGGUUUUAGGGAUAGAUUUGGAAUGGGUUGUUUCGUGUCAUUGUCUCCAUCACCCAGGCUUCUGCAGGGUGGUUGUGUGAGCGUUUCCAAGCCCGAGAGGCGGUCGGCUUUCGCGUUCUCCUGAACCUGGACUUUCAGCCACUCUGUGGAGAGGUGGAUCUGGUGGGCUACGUCAUCUCCAUCACAGACAGACAAGGUGGGCUGGGUCCUGUUCAUUAGGGCACACAACUGAAAAUGUUUUGAAAUGUUUUGCAACGAAAAUGAGCGUUUCUUAUAGUCCCACCAGUCCCUCCCUGUUUCAGUCCGUUUUCUUAUUUCUGGUUCCUGAUGGACACGACCCUGUUUGGUCUGUAAAGAGUUGUUCAGUUCUCAACUGGGUUAUUCAGUUCAAUUGAUUUUAUUCAUCCCCCAAGGGGCAAUUAUAGCUGGGCUUAAAAAGUGACAGGCAGACUAAAUAUAACAAUAGGACAAAUCAGACCUGGGUUCAAAUGCAUGCAUAUUUAAAGAUCCAAAUGCAGCCUUUUUUUAUAUCAAAUAAUUUUUGGGUAACAAUGAAGUACCUUAAUGUGAUUGUUUUGAAUUAAAAUGGUCAAAAGCAACAAAUAGCUUUUUAGCAAAGAGCAAUUUCUCAAGCAAGAAUUUUGGUAGGACUGUCUGGGAGUGGUCUGAGUGGGCAGGGGAAAACUGAAAACUAGCUGUUAUUGGCAGAGAUGUUUGGAACUCUCUUAUUGGACUAUUAACUAAUUUACUGCCUGGUGAUGUCAGCAGGCCGGCCAAAACUCCAUCCCACCAAGACAGGCUAACAUUUCACAGCUCUUAAUCUAAAAAGGCAUCGUCAUCAUUUCACAGUAUUAUUGUUAAUAUAAUAUAAUAAUAUAAUUAGUAUUAUUGCAACCUCAUAGUGUGGAAAUAUAUGUAAAACACAGGAAAAUCACGUUUUUUAAUGCACUGGGCCUUUACGUACUUACGUAUUUUAAAUGCACUUUUCUGUGUGUUUGAGUAUUUUAAAAUGUUUAGAAUAGAAUUAGUUGUAAAUACAAGCCAAUACUUUCAAUGUGUUUUUUUCCAAACACAUUCCAAUGUUCAUCUACUUGUAUUUUCAAAUAAACUUUGUCUAAAUACUUACUUCAAAAUGUAUUUUAAGGUAAUUUAAAUAAAUAGUAUUUGAACAGAGGUCUGGGAUAAAUACAUAACCAACAACAUAUGGCAUAUCAAGACAGAACAGAUACACACUUCAGGAAUGAAGUCCAGCAAUGUGGCAAGGCUGUGGAUAGGACUAACUCCAUUGACAUGCUGUGCCUGCAGGUCAUUCUCCAGUGGUGUAUCUAGUGGAUGGCCGGCUGGACUUUGUCAAGGUGCGCUGCUGCAGCAGUCUGGUCCAGCAGGGCUUGGAGGAGCUGGUCAAGCCUCUGGCUCUGGUGGCCCUCAGUAACCUUCAGCUCAGAGCCCAGCGCUCCUCCUCCCCCAUCCGCAGCGCCAUCCCUGGCCUAUACGCUGGAGAUCUGGCCGUGUUUUCCACCAACCCUAAGGAGCCACAUCUACAGGAGGCUGCCGCUGAACUCAGGACCCUUGUCCAGGUAGCUAGGGAUUGAGGGCGUUUGAAGGUUUCGAAAUGUUACAAUCAAACCUGGAGUGGGAUAGUGACAGAAAAUAUGUUAUACAGGGAAAUUGGCUACCUUAUUCCUGUGAGGUCAAUAUUUGUCUUCCUCGUUGCCACUGAUUUGAGGAUAUUUGCAACAAACUGAUGUGUGUGUUUUGAGCAGGGCCAGGAACACUUCUUCAGGACUGCAGAGGAGAGGUUAUCUAACUUAGUCCAGGGCUCUGUCCCGUGUCCUGCUCCGCCGCCAAGGACUCCAGGCUCGAAAGCAGAUGCCAAACCAGAUGAAAGGACUACCGUGAGUUUUUGUUGGUUGCCCAAUCAGACAACUAUUCUGGUGAAGCUGGAAUGUACAUUCCUAUGUACACAACACAAGUCUGUAUCAAUGUUAUUCACCACUACACAUCAAGUCACAUCUACACAUGGCCUAUUGUACAUUAAAUUAACAAAGAGUGUGUGUCAGGGUUCACACAAGGUGCUUGAGGUGCUUAAAGUACUUGAAUUUGUCACUCUGAAAUUCAAAUACUGGAAUACCUUGAAAAUCAGACAUUUUCUCAAGUUGGUACUUUAAUUUAAAUGCGUUUGAGCCAAUCAGUUGUGUUGUGACAAGGUAUACAGAAUAUAGCCCUAUUUGGUAAAAGACCAAGUCCAUAUUAUGACAAGAACAGCUCAAAUCUGCAAAUAGAAACGACAGUCCAUCGUUACUUUAAGACAUGAAGGUCAGUCAAUACGGAAAAUGUCAAGAACUUUGAAAGUUUCUUCAAGUGCAGUUGCAAAAACCAUCAAGCGCUUUGAUGAAACUGGCUCUCAUGAGGACCACCACAGUAAUGGAAGACCCAUAUUGACCUCUGCUGCAGAGGAUAAGUUCAUUAGAGUUACCAGCCUCAGAAAUUGCAGCCCAAAUAAAUGCUUCCGAGUUCAAGUCACAGACACAUCUCAACAUCAACUGUUCAGAGGGGACUAUGUGAAUCAGGCCUUCAUGGUCGAAUUGCUGCAAAGAAACCACUACUAAAGGACAGCAAUAAGAGGAAGAGACCUGCUUGGGCCAAGAAACACGAGCAAUGGACAUUAGACCGGUGGAAAUCUGUCCUUUGAUCUGGAGUACAAAUCUGAGAUUUUUCGUUCCAACCGCCAUGUCUUCGUGGGUGAACGGAUGAUCUCUGCAUGUGUAGUUCCCACCGUAAAGCAUGGAGGAGGAGGUGUAAUGGUGUGGGGGUGCUUUGCUGGUGACGCUGUCUGUGAUUUUAUUUAGAAUUCAAGGCACACUUAACCAGCAUGGCUACCACAGCAUUCUGCAUCGAUACGCCAUCCCAUCUGGUUUGGGCUUAGUAGAACUAUCAUUUGUUUUUCAACAGGACAAUGACUCAACACACCUCCAGGCUGUGUAAGGGCUAUCUGACAAAGAAGGAGAGUGAUGGAGUGCUGCAUCAGAUGACCUGGCCUCCACAAUCCCCCGACCUCAACCCAAUUGAGAUGGUUUGGGAUGAGUCGGACGGCAGAGUGAAGGAAAAGCAUCGGACAAGUGCUAAGCAUAUGUGGCAACUCCUUCAAGACUGUUGGAAAAGCAUUCCUGGUGAAGCUGGUUGAGAGAAUGCCAAGAGUGUGCAAAGCUGUCAUCAAUGCAAAAUAUAUUUUGAUUUGUUUAACACUUUUUUUGGUUACUACAUGAUUCCAUAUGUGUUAUUUCAUAGUUUUGAUGUCUUCACUAUUAUUCUACAAUGUAGAAAAUAGUAAAAAUAAAGAAAAACCCUUGAAUGAGUAGGUGUGUCCAAACUUUUGACUGGAACUAUAUAUGUAGUGAAACAAUGUAUUAUUGAGUAGAACUUGUAAGGUAGUGAUGAAUACUUUAAUUUUUUUCAUGAGGUUGUGGCGAUAUACUGCCAUCUGGUGGCAACUAGAAACAAUUGCAUAAUACUAACUAUUACAAAUUGAUGGUCCUUGAAAAUAAAUAUUAGUGCUUGACAAAGUACUUGAAAGUCCUUGAAUUUGACUUGCCACUAUCUGUACUAACCCUAGUGUGUAUUGUCUUCCAGAUGACACCCCAGCAGUCUGUACAAAGCGUUGGCCCCUUCACCCCGCUGAACAAGGACAAAGACCCCAAGAGCCUAAAAAGAAAGAGGGGCCUAGACUACCUGUGUCGCAUCCCCUCUCCCCCUCCACUCUGCCCCCUGGGCACCAUGACCUUACCUUCGCCGUGCAUCAACAAGACCUUCAACCCCCCUCGCAGGGCCGAGACCCACCGGAUCCUAAAGACAUCUCUGGCCCCCGCUCCUCGGCAUGUCCACCCGCCCCUGGAGGAUGAGUGGGUGGAGGAUGAAGAGCUGGUCAUGAUUGACACUCAGGCCCUACACGAUGGCAUAGGGAUAGACACGUGACAGAGAAUGUAUUGGACUAUUAUUUUGAACGUUUCAGAAAACAUCAGCACAAAUUGGUGGCUGGUUAGUUUCUCCAGUCCACAUGUUGAAUUUGUGUGUUGGGAAUCCACCUGGAAAGAUGUAGUGCCAUUUGUAAGCUACAGGGGGGGGAACAAGCUCCAUUUAGAGAGGCUAACCAAGACGUGAUUGGUGCCAUGUGAAUGUUAACACUAGUAAAAUGUUGGAAAGUGAUCAUAUGGAGUUGAUGUGUUCGUAACAUCAGGCUGAAUCAAGUUAGGAUUUGGUCCAUCUUACCUUUUUGGGCCAAAGUAUUGACGCCAUCAAGGAGCCCAAGAAAAUGCAUCGGACAGAAAAUACUUGUCUUGGCGAACUCCUGAGCUUUUUUAGUGAGGCUGCUUCAGUGUUUUCUGAAAUGGCAUUAGAAGAACUGACACGAACUGUAUAAUAUGAAUGCAAAAAUACUGUAACAUUGUUGUCCUUGUGUUUAUGACCUCUUUUCGCUGACAUCUGCAUGUUCACAAUAAAUGUAAUAAUUUAUUAGUCAAUAUAAGGAUGUUGUGUAAUUUAUAAGCAGGAUUUUACUGGUGUGGUAAAACACUUAAACCGCAACCGCAGGUGGCGAUGUCGCUGCGAAACUGCCUCCAUUGUUUCACACAGACAGUCGGACUUCCUGUUAACUUCCGUAAACAAAAUGUUAGCUAGCUAAUUCAAAAUCAUGAAAAUGUAUUAUGAUAACAUGUAAUGCUUCAACUUCAUCACUUUAUGGUAAGUAGCUAAUUUAUUAGCAAAAUACCCAUAGGCAGCCGUCAAAGUUAUCAGUUAUCAAAAUAUUGCCAAGCGAUAACUUCGCAAGACUUGCUUUGACAUUGGCUAGCUUGCUAAUGUUUGUAGCUAUACUCCGUUGUAUACUCUUCGUUUCAUCUAGAUUGUAUAUUUUGAAUUGCUUUAUAAUAAUACAAAAAUAAGUUUGCUAAUGUUGGCUUGCUAGCCAUCUAUUUAGCGUUGUUUAGUUCGUUUUAAAGAAUAGCAGGUAUAGUUAAAGCUUGCUGCUGGUAAAUGAAGUGCAGCAAUAUUGUUUCUUUAAAAAGUAUCAACGUUUUGGCACUGAUUUCAGCUUCACUGCCAAGCUAACUUGCUAGCUAAGGAUUGCUAAUCAAACCCAUUAACUAUGAUGUGCAGUAGAGGGAUUUUUGAUUUGUCAUUGAGGUCUUGUCUUAUUACCUUCAUAGCAUGUUUAUUCAAAGGAUUUACCCCACCAUCUCGAUGUCUCAUGGAAAUGCGAACUCUGCAACUUCUCUCACUGGAAGAACUGGAGAACUGCUGGAGUGUUCAAAAGCGGAGACAAAUGGAGCCUUUGCAACAGACAGAGUGCUGCCAGUGAGAAUUAAUGGAGGUCCCGGCAUAAGAGGCAGAGAACCAGUUCUCAAAAAGCUGGGUACCAGCAGCGCUGCCUUCAUUGGACCUGUAUGUCGUCCUAAGGCAGUCCAGAGACCUCCCAAGCCGAAAAAAGUAAAGAGACCUUCUAAACCUAACAUUGAAGAGACACUGAAUGAGUUCUAUAAAGAGCUUGAGGAGAUUGAACCAAAAGACAGCGUUGAUGGUAGCAAGGCCAAAAAUGAAGGCUCAGUUGAAUUACUCAACGCUUAUAACCCACCACCUGCAAGAAAAUGGUCAAAUGCAAGCCAUGACCAUAACCAACCUAAUAACGCGCCUUGCCCACACUGGUAUGACAACAAGCCAUACCAGCCCAGGAGACUGAUGCCUAGGGGGCCCCGCUUUGGUCCCAACUCAGAUCACAAUAACUGGCAACCUCCGCCACCUUUCCGCACUCAGCCAUACCCCAGGUUCCACAGACCUCCCCACCGCUUCCCACCACCACCUCCCGCAGACCACCAAUAUCACCCUCAACGAGAGGGCUCCCAGCAGGUCCUACCUUUCCACAGGUUCCCUGUCCCUGAUGGGUACAGGAACUCUCCAGACAUGGAUGACAAUGGCUUUCCCCCACAGCACUCUAACAACCGAGACAGAGGGGGCUACGGUUGGAGUGACGACGAGUAUGAACAGCAGGGUAAUGACCAGCAAGGUUCUUCUAACUGGCAGCAGAGGUUUGACAGAGGACCUGAGCCACCUCAGCCAGAGGAUCAGCAUCAACCACCAGAAGAUACAACAUAUGACUAUGGUCCUUCUCUGGUUCUCAUUCUGAUGAGGGGAGCCCCGGGAUCUGGGAAAUCAACACUGGCCAGGUGUGUUUUUAUCAGGGAAACAUGGUUGGGUAACUAACAUGCUAUAAAGGGUUUAGAACAAGUAUAUGAACAGUUUAUGAAUCAGUAAUAAAACAGUUGUAAUUGGUUGAAAUUAUGUGAUUUUCUGUUUGACAAGCAUCAAAAUGACAAUCGCACAAUUUCAACCAAUGAGUCAUACGUUAACUAUUUACUGCUCAUGUUUAAAUGUAUUUGUCUCUAUUUUUAAAGCAUUUGUUUUGAGCCAUUGCAUGUGUGUUACUCUAGGGAACUGCUGUCGACAGGCUCCAGUGGGCUGGUUCUGAGUACAGAUGACUACUUCUCCCAGGAGGAAGGCUACCUCUACGACCCCAGUCUGCUGGGGGCAGCACACUAUUGGAACCAGAACAGAGGUUGGCUCUCAUAGCAGUGUCUUUACAAAUUCCAGUUUUUAUUUUAUUUUGAUAGUAGUUAUAAAUGAAGUCCAUCAUUGCUAUAGUUUUAAAAUAUAUUCCGAUUUUAUUGAACACCUAGAAUGAGAGAAUGACAGUAGGAAAGCUAGAAAGAGAUUGUGUCAAAGGUUAGUAGCCCUGAUUCAAACCUAUGCCAAUACUGUUGACGCAUGUUGGAAGCUGAGGCAUUGUUAGACCAGCCAGGCCACCAUCGUUGCUAUUAAUAUUAUAUAUUGUUUGAUUGGAUAUAGUGUUUUGUGAACAUGUAAAAAGGUGUAUAUAUUAAUAAUUUUACCUCAAUGCUUUAUAUUCUUUCAGCCGAAGAAGCGAUGUAUAAACGCUGUUCUCCUGUCAUUAUUGAUAACACAAACAUGCAAGCUUGGGAAAUGAAGCCAUAUGUUAAACUGGUAAGUUUUUAUCCUUUUAUAUUGUCUGGGUUGCAGACAGCAUUUUUCACUUAUCAAAAAUGUACCCAUUUGAUGUACAUUUUCAUGAAUAUGAUGAAUACUUAUUUCUCACCAUGCAGGCCUUGGAGAGAGGAUACAGUAUCAACUUUCAUGAGCCUCACACCAGCUGGAAAUUUGAUCCCAUCGAGUUAGAGAAGUAAGUCUGUCCAUGAUUGUCUGCAUUAAAAGAUACCUGUACUAAUGUCAUGUAAGAUACCAUGCCCAUUUAUUUGGAGAAUAUACGUUGUACAAAUUAUAUAAGGUACAUCGAGGGGCGUUCACUCACUGCUCUAGAAAGCAGGGGAAAACGGGUCAAUUUAAGAGGGUGCUACUAAAUUAAUGUCAACGUAGUUAUCUUUGCCCCAUGUCGUCAUAAAUCAUAUACAAUUAUUCAUUAGAUUAUUCUCUACAAUAUUGUAACCUUAAUAUGCUUGUACUUAACAGUGAUUAAAUAAGAAAGUUAGUUUUUUGUGACCGUUGCCAAUUUAGACUGUGCUGCUCUUGGUUGUGUCGCUUUCAUUUUCGGCGUUGGGAUGUCGUAACAUUUGGAGGCGUUUCCACGCUUUGGACCAAUCAAAAUCAACUUGAUACCCUCGUCAGUUUCAUCUCCAGAUCAUUGGCUUUCAUUGGCUAUAACCACGAUCAAUCUAUAUUGAGGGGCCGUUUCUAUGUCGAUUUAAACGCCCACACCAGCAGAAAUCCAAUUUUCUAGCUGAAAGACGAUGGCCAGAAUUUACCCAUGAUGUUGUACAACGAUUUAAAAAUAUAUAUCUGACCAUUUUAUAAAUGGUGUAAAUGCGUGAUAUGAUUGAAUUUUGUAACCUCGCUCCCCCCAUCGCCCCAAGACCAAUGGUUUUGAUGACUAAAGAUUUGCUUCACUACAUGCUCAGUUCCACUGCUUUGAUUGUGUCUAUCCUAUAAUGAAAAGCCACCCGCGAAAGAAAAUUCAAGGAACUUGUUUAUCUACACUACAUGACCAAAAGUAUUUGGACACCUGCUCCUCGAACAUCUAAUUCCAAAAUCAUGGGCGUUAAUAUGGAGUUGGUCCCCCCCCUUUUCUGCUAUAACAGCCUCCGUCCUUCUGGGAAGGCUUUCCCCUAGAUGUUGGAACAUUGCUGCAAGGAAGUGCUUCCAUUCAGCCACAAGAGCAAUGGUGAGGUCGGGCACUGAUGUUGGGCGUUUAGGCCAGGCACGCAGUCGGCGUUCCAAUUCAUCCCAAAGGUGUUCAAUGGGGUUGAGGUUAGGGCUCUGUGCAGGCCAGUCAAGUUCUUCCACACUGAUCUCGACAAACCAUUUCUGUAUGGACCUCGCUUUGUGCAUAGGGGUAUUAUCAUGCUGAAACAGGAAAGGGCCUGCCCCAAACUGUUGCCACAAAGUUGGAAGCACAGAAUUGUCUAGAAUGUCACUGUAUGCUGUAGCGUUAAUAUGUCCCAUCACUGGAACUAAGGGGCAUAGCCCGAACCAUGAAAAACAGCCCCAGACCAUUAUUCCUCCUCCACCAAACUGUACAGUUGGCACUAUGCAUUCGGGCAGGUAGCAACAUCAGCACAAAAACGGUUAGUCGGGAGCUUCAUUAAAUAGGUUUCCAUGGCCCAGCAGCCACAGGCAAGCCUAAGAUCACCAUGCGCAAUGCAAAGCGUCGGCUGGAGUGGUGUAAAGCUCGCCGCCAUUGGACUCUGGAGCAUUGGAAACGUGUUCUCUGGCGUGAUGAAUCAUGCUUAACCAUCUGGCAGUCUGACGGACGAAUCUGGGUUUGGCGGAUGCCAGGAGAACGAUACCUGCCCGACUGCAUAGUGCCAACUGUCCACAUACUUUUGGUCAUGUAGUGUAUUUUUUAUAAACCUUCAAUGAAAGACUCAUUUUAUAUGUGAACACCCUAAUACAUUGCCUGUAUUUGAUAUUUUUUGCAUGAAGACAUAUUUAUAGAACAACAAAUACAAUGUUUCUCCUCCCCUCCAGGAGAAACAAGCACAGUGUGUCUAGGGAGAAGAUUGGGCAGAUGCUGGAGCGGUUUGAGCUGCCCAUGUCCCUGGACAUUGUGAUGAACUCCCAGGAGCCUUUUAGACCCACAAGACAUCCCUAACAGCAGCAGAGACACCGUAGGACCACUAGUCCUUAUGUCCUGGGGUUGUAUUCAUCAGUGCACACCGUAGCAAAACGUUCUGCACUGUAGCAAAAUGUUUUGCAAAGGAAAACAAAAAUAAGUUUCUUAUUGGACAAGUUUAAGUAGUCUCUGCUUCAUAUUUGUACAUUUUUGUCAUAAAAAAUUAAAUGGGUAUUGUGUUCUUCCAAUCUAAUUCUGCAUGUUGGAGGAUUUACCAUAUUCAUAUGUAAUACCGUUCUUGUGGUAUGCAUCUAUCAAUGGUGAAAUGCAAGGAUCAUUCCACUUUGUGAAAAUUAUUGGAUGUUUGCUUUUACCAAAGUAGGCCCACCUGCAGGGGUCACUAUUAGACCACUUCAAUUUGUCAUUCGGCACCACUGUCUAGCCUGACGACUCUAACUGAAUUCUUCCGCUGCUCUGUCGAGAACAAACUAACAUCCGUGGGCGUGGCAUUGUUUGGCCAGAGCAAAACCGACUAUCAAAAACUUAACCCUAACCUAAUUUUAAUACAUUCUGAAAUUAAAUAUCGGUUUGGGCGUUAGGCGUGUCCUUAUAGCCUUUUCCAGUGUGGGUCGCCAGGCAAACCACUCAACACUGGAUUGGUGCAGCUAUGGACAAAUUGGCGCCAUUAUGAAACUUAGAGGAGGAUCACAGUGGGAGAGGGAAAGACGAUUGGCUACAAUUCAUCAAAUAAGGUAGUAUUUAAUUAAAACCCGAUUUAUCAAUUUGAGUAUUGUAUUCCAACAAGGCAUGAAGUCGAUUUUGUACUCCAACGAAGAGGCGACAGAUACAUUUAAAUUGCUAUGAUUCAAAGGAAUGAUUUGUAAUCCAUCUGAUUGCGGUGGCUUGCCGGCCUAGGCCUAGCUUGCUUGCUUGCUCCCACUGUCCAGCCAGAUAGCUAGCGUGCGUGUGACUGCAGUGUUAUUAUUGAAUUGCUUCAGAUUUGCCAGCUAGCCUAGUUCCUCGCCACAUACAACACAAUCAUUGAGUCGUCGCUAGGUAGAAGCUAGCUAGCUGAAUAAGAAUAGCCUGGUCAAUGGUAUGGCGUUUGUCUAACCAUAAUAAUCAGACAAAGACGUUCAUUACGUCUCUAGUUGGAACCGUGCUAUGCCAGAAUGUUGACACCGCGAAGCCUGCGCGAGAACUCUGUCUAGGAAAAUGUACAGUGGGGAAAAAAAGUAUUU